GACUAUAAGCUCCACUUCCUGGAUACGCGUUCAGAAAAACAGCCAGGUUAGGUUUGUCAUAAUUAUCUCACACCGAGGUUCCGUUAACCUGUAGAAAACACACAUUAAGGCGCGAAUCUUCUACGAUAAAUGGUCGUUUAACACCAGGAAAAUACCGAGGAUGACGGAAACAGGAUAGCGACGCGGCGCGCGCAGAAGUCGUAGAGAAAGAGCGCCACGUCAUUGAUCGGCGGAGGAGUCAGAAAAACACACCCGGGAUUUAGUCGGAGUUGUUUGGACCAGAUAUUAGACGGUUACGCAGUUCACCUUCAAUGAGCUGCUGCCUCCGUGUAGUUUAACAUUUACUCACCAAAGCAGGACCAGUCGAUAAGCGGUUCAAAAUGACGGCGUCUAACUGGGGUCUCAUCAUGAACGUGGUGAACAGCAUCGUGGGAGUCAGUGUGCUCACCAUGCCCUUCUGCUUUAAACAGUGUGGGAUAGUGCUGGGAACUCUCCUAUUGUUCUUCUGUUCGUGGAUGACCCACAAGUCUUGCAUGUUCCUGGUCAACACGGCGAGCAGCACCAAAAGAAGGACCUAUGCAGGACUGGCCUUCCAUGCUUACGGGAAACCAGGGAAAACAGUGGUGGAGAUGAGUAUGAUUGGUUUGAUGUUGGGGACCUGUAUCGCCUUCUACGUCGUGAUAGCUGAUCUGGGCUCAAAUUUCUUCGCUCAGCUGUUGGGUUUACAGGUGACUGGCAGUUUCCGCGUGCUGCUGCUGAUCGCCGUGUCCCUGUUCAUCGUCCUCCCGCUGAGUCUGCAGAGGAACAUGAUGUCCUCCAUCCAGUCCUUCUCCGCUAUGGCUCUCAUGUUCUACACCCUCUUCAUGUUCACGAUGGUGCUGUCCUCGUUCAAACACGGGCUGCUCAGCGGCUGGUGGCUAGUGCAGGUCAAUGUGGUGCGCUGGGAGGGUGUGUUUCGCUGUCUCCCCAUCUGUGGGAUGGCCUUCGCCUGUCAGUCGCAGGUGCUGCCGACCUACGACAGCCUGGACGAGCCGUCUGUCAAACGCAUGAGCACCAUCUUCACGUCGGCCCUCAACGUAGUCACCAUCUUCUACAUCACCGUGGGUUUCUUCGGCUACGUCAGUUUCACAGAGAACAUUGCCGGCAACGUGCUGAUGAACUUCCCGUCCAACCUGGUGACAGAGAUGAUCCUGGGCUUCAUGAUGUCUGUUGCUGUGGGAUUUCCCAUGAUGAUCCUGCCUUGCCGCCAGGCCAUCAAUACCAUGCUUUUUGAGCAGCAGCAGAAGGAUGGGACGUUUGCUGCCGGGGGAUACAUGCCACCUCUGCGCUUCAAGAUGAUCACCCUCUGCAUUGUGUUUGGCACCAUGCUGGGAGGCAUUCUCAUCCCCAACGUGGAAACCAUUCUGGGUCUGACGGGAGCCACCAUGGGCAGCCUCAUCUGCUUCAUAUGCCCUGCUCUCAUCUACAGAAAGAUCCAGAAGAAUGGCAUCAUCUCUCAGCUGGUGCUUUGGGUGGGUCUGGGCAUCCUGCUGAUCAGCACCUUUACCACCCUCUCGAUUUCGGCCAGAAGCCCCGGCACCAGGAUCCAACCUCCUCCUCCUCCAGCACCAAAGAUCAACCUGCAGCUCCCGGACCUCCCUGAACUACACGACAAUCCUUCAAACAAGAAGCCAGCAGAGAUAGAAAAACCGAACAUUCCAGCUGUGGAUGUGAUACAACCUGUUGAGAGGGCCCCGGCUGAACCUCCCCAGAUUAAGGGACCAGUGGAACUCCCUGAGAGGAAGAAGGAGGAGGAGGUGCAGUUGGACCGCCCCGAUGCUGGUGUUGCCGUGCCAGAGGCCGAAGCCCAUCGCCACGAACCACCCAUUCCUCAUGACGAGGUCAUGGUGGACACAAGGAAAAACAACGAGGAGCUGGAAGAGGAAAAGAAACAACCUGCAGGAGGAGGAGAGGAAGACCCAAAAAGAGAUGAAGAGCAAGGCUUAGGGCACGCUGUGGAGGCAGCAGACAAAAAAGACAAAGCUGAAGAGAAACCAAAGCCCGCAGAGGUGGCUGUGCGGAAAGAGGAAGUGGAUUUGGGUGGAGGUGAAGUCCAGUCUAAUGAGGUGGUGGAGAAGCCGGGUGCACAGGGAGACAAAAAGCAGGACGUUGCCCCGCUAAAGGAAAUUGAGAAGCUCGAUCCUGUGAAAGAUCCUGUCGCAGGGAAUGUAGUCGUCAAUCAGGUGGAUAAAGUGGGCAAAGCUCCAGAUGCUGCAGGGAAACCUCCACUUCCUGAAGGAGAGCAUCAUCCUGAUGCAGACGAGGCUCCAGCUGCAGACAGCAAAGACACGGCAGACGAGAAGAUGGAAGUGAUAAAAAAGCUGGUUGCAGAGGGCCAGCUGGACCACGCCGUGCUACUGCAGGUGAUCAAGGAGCAGCAAGAGCAGCAGAAGAGACUUCUUGACCAGCAGGAGAAACUACUGGCUGUCAUCGAAGAGCAGCACAAGGAAAUCCACCAGAAACAACCUGCUGGGCUUGCUGAAGGUGAGGCAGAGAAGGGCAUCCAGGAGGGGGUGGAAGGUGGAGUAGCAAAACCCAAAGAGUCUGACCCGGACUCAGACCUGAAGCAGCCAAAGGACGCAGCAGGAGCGGGAGCAGCCGAGCCUCAUGUCAUGGCCCAGAAUCAAGCGCAGGCUGGAGAUAUUGUUGCUGAGGUUGGGGCUCCUAAAGUAGCUGUUCAAGCAGCUUCUAAGGACGACAGCCACGCUGUGAUUGGAGGAGAAUCCCAUAAGCAGAGUGAGCUGGGGGCGAGAGGAGUGCCACUGGGAAAGAAAAAGCCCGAUAAUCGUCUGCCUGUACCUCAAAAUGAUCAGGUAGCUCAACUAAAAGACGAAGAAAGAAGCCUAGAUAAGGAAAAAGAGAAACUUGAAAGUAUUAAAAAGGAACAGAUAGAGAGAGAGGUUCAGGCAAGACUGGAAAAAGAGCGAGUGGAAAGAGACAGAAAAGAAAAACUGGCUAAAGAGCAAGAGUUGGAAAAGGAAAGACUAGAGAGAGAAAGGAUAGAAAAAGAGGUGCAAGCGAGGUUAGAAAAAGAACGGGCGGAGAGGGAGAGACAGGAAAGGGCCAGACAAGAGGAGUUAGAGAGGGAGAAAGCGGAGAAAGAGAGGAUAGCAAAAGAAGUGCAGGCGAGGGUGGAAAAAGAACGACUGGAAAGGGAGAGAAGAGAGAAGCUGGCCAGAGAACAGGAGCUUGAGAAAGAGAGAGCGUUGAAGGAGAAACUGGCACAGGAGAAAGCUGCAGAGGAGAGACUUCAGCAGGAGUUGCAGAAAGCAGACAAUGAAAUACUUGAGAAGGCGAAAAAAGAGAAACAGGCGGAGGAGGCUCGGGAGAGGCUGGCCCAGCUGAAGCAAGCCGUGGAAGACAGACAGGCUGCACAGGGGGCUGAGAGAGAAGACGGCGAAGCUUUGAAGAAAGGAGGACGAGACCUCAAAGAGAAAGUUGCCGCUGAGGCGGACCCCAGAGAAGGUGUGGAAGACGGGGCCGUCAAAGCAGAGGCUCACCCCCAGGGCUCCCACGAGAAGGUCAGGGACCAGGGAGACAUGGAUCUAAGGCGGAGGCGAAGGGCACUGGGACUCGGGGAAGCUGGAGGGCCCCCCGAGGAGACCGGGGUGUCCAGGGGGGUGCCGGGGCUGGAGCCCCUGCUGGAGCUGGGGGGCUCAGACCUGCACGCGGCCCUGGAGGAGCAGCUACUGGCUGGGGCAAUGGUGCACUCGCGGCAGAUUAAACAAGCCUCAGAGGAUGAGGGAGCGAAAUAACACACAUCACACACACAGAUUCUCCCUCAAUGAUUGGACAGCAAGUUCAACACACACUGUGCACCUGCAGAAAACUUCUAAUACUGUGGACCAUAAUAUCGAUGCCUUACAUUCUUCACUGCCUUUUGAAAUGUUAUGGACAAAGAGGAACAUUUUCUCUGUCUUGAUACUGUGUACUCCAGAAAUAACCCAAAGUUUUUACAGAGAACCCCA